UUUCCAUAGCAGCGGGAAGUUAGUUUGGCGUCUUCCAUCAUGGAUAACCCGAGCCGUGUAUUCGCUGCCAUAGUACCGGCUUCUGGUCGUGAGUUCACCGGUAGUGAGAAAGGGCAGGAGCUGGAAGUGCGAGCGGUAAAUCGACAAAGUUCCGGUAACCGGGUAAGAGAGGUCCAGGUAACCGGAACAGCGGAGGUUUGCUGCCCGGCGGACAGAGUGUCGGUGCGGGUCAGUGUCGGAAACAGCAAGGAGUCAGUCAACGAGGUCACAAACAGCGUCUCACGGCGGCUCGAAUAUAUUUUACAAGCUCUCAGACAACAUGGCAUAAAGGACGAAGACGCCACAGUGAGGAGGUUUCUCCACCGAGAGGCAGACCUGUAUCACAUGGAUGCAGAGGUCACGGUCACGUUCUCAGAUUUUGAGAAAAUGGAGCGAAUAUGCAGCGUUCUGCUGGAGAAGCUGGACAAGAGCGUCUGUGUGGGAACACCGCAGUUCUACCACAGUGCUGAAUGUCUGAGUCAGCUGAGGCGGCGUGUUUGCGUUUCAGCGGUUGAAAACGCUCAACAGAAGGCCAGCGAAGUCAGUCAUCUCCUGGGACAAAGUCUGGGACCCCCCCUACUGGUCAGAGAGGAGGACACAAGGGAGUGGAGGAAUGAGGAUGAGGACGAUGGAGGCAGGAGAGGGCAAGGUGCUACGCCCCUUCCUCACCUUCCCCGUACACCCACAAUCACUGCCUCCUCACGGGUGUCUGUCUCCUUCAGCCUCAGAGACAAAAGCAGGAAAAAACUCUGAAAAAACGUUUGCCACUGAUUCAUGAAGCCACAGAGAUGAUUGUCACAGUUUAAAACACUUUAUUUCAUAGUUUUAAUGGCUGAAUAUAGUUUUGUUUUGUUUUUUUAAAGGCAUUUUUUCCACUUCAGCCAUCUUCAACCAAUCAAAAAAAAGAUUUUCAAAGCAA